UUGCAUUUGUUUCUCAUUUCUAAUUGUGAAUUUGCACAUUAAUUUUCGAGAAUUAGCUUAGCUUCUUUCAGACGUGCUUGAAACAAUGGCACAUUGCCAAUUCAUUACAGGGGCCAUGACAAAUUUAGCAUAAUAAACCACCAUGAUGCCACGGUCAACUGAUCAUACGUACCUGUGACUUGGAGAAGCAAACAUUGUGAAAGGAACACUUCCAAAUACAAAAUGGCGAUUUGUAAAAUAUGUCUAGUUUUCAAAUGACGAAGAGAAAUCGCAAAAUGGGAUUUAUUUAGAUUUGUAUGUCAGGAAAUUGAUUCCUGAAUCUCAAUCAUAACGCCAUAUUUCACAGGCGCUGUGUUACAUAGAGUAUUGGAUUGUUGAUAACUCACUUGUAGAGAUAGAGGAAAGGUACGGAAAGGAGAUGUCACUGGAUAAACUCUACGUAUUCCUCGAAAACCGCGAUGUUUCUUCGGGAAAAAGAUCAUGUUGUACAUGCAAACAACUAAAGAAGCUGAGAAGCCCGAAUUCGUCUUCAAAAAUGCGACUUGUAUUUAAUAUUUCGUUUAUGAAUUUGAUCAUAGUAGUAAUGCUACUGCGGCCGCCAGGAUUGGGCCUAGUCAACGCUGGUUCACUAACAGAAUAUGAACUUUGCAGGAGAGGCGAAUAUUUCGAAGAUUAUGCAUUGAAGGGUGGCUCAAAAGCAGGGACUUAUAUCAAACUUGGACGUGUAGAUAUAUUUGAUGAUUGUGUUGAUAUGUGUUGUCGCGAGAGGGAUUGCAAAAUGGCUCUUAUGUUGAAACAUAGUUGUUUUCGAGUCGAUUGUCUGAAGGGGGAGCCACAUCGUUGUGAAAGAAUUUCAGCCAGAAGAUCGAAGUAUAAUCCGAAACUCUUUAUAAGAGGAGAAGUGGAAAGACCAAUGAAAAUUGCAAAAUCAGGAUCUGGUUUGGACCACUUUGUGGCUAACAGCUCAUUAAUAAACGAUACAGCCCUGCCAGAACUUAUAAGAGUUAAAAGGCGAAAGGCUUCUUGUCAUCGUUACCAUGGCAAAGUAUGCAAAGGCUAUUUGGAUGCAGCACAGUUUUAUUAUUUCACUGCACACUCUCCUUCCCAGUAUGACAGGUCUCUUGUUGAGCCAUUUAAUCAAGCAAAAGCACAGCUGAGCCCUGAAUGCAAGAGGUAUGCUUUAUAUGCAAUGUGUGCCACAUGGUACCCAGAAUGCACAGAUCCGAAACACCCGAGACCCACCCGAUUGUGUCGCAAGGCUUGCGAGCAGCUCCAAGAUGAGUAUUGCCAAAGGGAGUACGAUAGUGAGACGACCAGUGUGCGAUCAUUGCUACCUGUUUGCGAUUCACUGCCAGAUGAGGAUGAAGAUCCAAGCUGCCUUCUGCUUGACGAUUUGACAGCUGAAAUGCCUAGUGAGGGGCAAGGUACCACGGAAACCUUGGGCUCAUCUGAUAAACCUCUUAGAAGAAAACAUGGUAGAAAACUUACUAGUGAUGAAGAGGCUGGCUCAGAAGCUCCUCAAAAUGGCAGCGUUGUUACCAGCACACAAACCCCACAGACCAAUAAACCAACUACAGCCCCUGUCGAUUCGAAGACAACCCUAAACCCCAUUGAAGAAAGAGAAGAGGCAACAAAAGCCGAGGAAUUUUCAUCCACAAGCAAGCCCGUAACUAAAGCAAGGACAACCGGAAGUUCCCAAACACUGAAAGCCGGUGUGAGUCCCCAACCAACACCCACAGCUGCUUCAGUUCUGCAACCCUCACGAAAUGAUUCGCUAAAGAAGUCACUUUUGGCGUUGGGAGAUGGAACAACAAGCGCUCUGCCAACCAUCCGUUCGACUCUUAUCACAGUCCCCGUAAAGAAUGUUGGUGAAAUAAGUCUUGAAGAACAAGAUACGAAAAAGACGCCAAAACCAACUUCAGCAGCAACAAUUUCAAAACCUUCCAUUGUCACUACAAUCCAAGUUUCUGCUGGAGAAAACAAAGAACUUGUACUUCCAGAAGAUCACGUGAGCCUGUACGCUAGCACUUGGCCUAAGCCGCCGAAAGAUGUCACCUAUAAGUACAAAUGGUACAAGCUGUCUGCGCCUGAAAAGAGCCACGGCUACAUGGAGGGCAAGGACAAGAGCAGGUUGAUCCUCACCAAACUCGACGUGCCCGGCGUUUAUCAGUUUAAGGUGACGAUAUCAACAACGGAUGGCUUAAGCCAAGGCAGUGCCCUGGUUAACGUGACCGUAAAACCAGUCCCUCGGGUCAACCACGCCCCCAGGGCCGCCAUUCAACCGAAAGAGGUGACAGUACAAUUGCCAACGAACGAAGCAGUGCUUGAUGGAUCAAAAAGCAGUGAUGAUGACAAGAUCGUCAGCUACAAAUGGGAAGAAAUGAAGGCGCCGAUUAACAGUCAUGGCAAAAUUGUAUCUAACGGAGCACACAAACCGAUUUUGGAGCUGAAAAAUCUAGAAGCAGGGGAUUAUACUUUCAGACUGACUGUAACUGAUUCAGAUGGCGAGGAGGACCAUGAUGAAGUCACGAUCAACGUUUUACAAGAGAAAGACUAUCCUCCUGUUGCCCGUGCCGGCAAAGAUAUCGUAUUGCAACUUCCUCAUAACUCGGCAGUGUUGUAUGGAAAUGCCAGCACUGACGACAAGCCUGGACUAAAGUAUGAAUGGACGAAGACCCCAGACAGCCCUGCUGUAGGUGAUAUGUUGGGAACAACGGCUCCAAUUUUAACCGUCUCAAACCUGGAGAUUGGAGACUACACAUUUGUGCUGAAGGUGACAGACACAUCAGGGCAAACGUCUAAGUCAAAAGUGACAGUUGUGGUUAGGCCAUCGAAGAACGAAGCACCAAAAGCAGUGGCUGGAUCAGACAAGGACCUCGUAUUCCCAGAUGAUUCAACGAUACUCGAUGCAAGAAAGAGUAAAGACGAUAGCAAAAUUGUUAAGUUCCAAUGGGAGAAAGUAAGUGGACCAGAGGGCCUUGAAAUGAAAGACGCUGACAAAGCAGUGUUGCAUUUAUCCAAACUGGUUGAAGGACGAUACGUGUUCAAAUUAACAAUCACAGACGAUAAAGGCCUUAGUGAUUCAGACACCGUUGCUGUUAAUGUCAAGAAAAGUCAAAACAUGCCACCGCUCGCCAACGCCGGACCGGACUUUGUUGUCAGCCUGCCAGCUCGAUCGGCGGAACUUGAUGGAUCAAAGUCAAGUGAUGAUCAGGGAAUUGUCUCCUAUGAGUGGAUCAGAGACAGGAAAAGUCCAGCUGCUGGGGAUGUCCUGAACCAAAGUAAUCACAAAGCCAUUUUGAAAUUAGUUAACCUCGUCGAGGGCGUGUAUACGUUUGAGCUCAAAGUUGAAGAUAAUAGGGGACUCAAGAGCACUGACAAAGUUGUGCUUUCUGUAAAGCAAGAUGAAAACAGCCUUUAUUUGGUCGAGCUUUACCUAGACGUUGACAUCUAUAGCUUCACAGAGGAAAAUAAAAAACAACUAUUACGCAAGCUGUCGGUCGUGCUCAAUGUGGACGAUAAAAAUGUUGUUCUUGAGCAAAUACGCCAGGCUGGAUAUGGCAACGGCAUCGUUCUGUUGUUUUACAUCCUUGAUGGUAUUACUGGAAGCAAGAUAGAUGGUUUGGUAAUAGCCAACCUGCUAAAACAGAAGAUUGGAUAUCACGGAACACUUUUCGAGUACAAGAUGCUGCGUGUAGAGCCCUACAGUAAGCCUUUCAGUUUGCAGAACAACUGCUCCAGUCAUGGUUAUUGUGAUAAAAAUAGCAAACUCUGUGUUUGUGACAGUUUCUGGAUGGAGAAUUUUUUCAAAGCCAAUUAUGGAGAGCGUGUCUCAAACUGUGAGUGGAGCGUUCUGUAUCUCUCUGUUGUCGUGUUUGGAAUCGCAAUGUCGCUGAUUGGUUUGACCUGGGGACUAUGUUUCUGCUUUUCAAGACGAUCUCGGCUGCGACGCAAGGGUCGAUACUAUCCUUUGAAGUCAGAUGACAAAGAUGAAAGCAAAGAAGAAAUCAUGAUGAUUUCGAAAGGAAACGGAAAGUACUUCGCACAUAGCCUGACCUUUACUGAAUCAGACGAGGAUAGUGAGGAGGAGAACACUUUGUUUGAUAAAAAGCGGGUUAGCAAUGGGAAUGGACCAUUAAAUGGUAGUUUAAAUGGGUCGGUCAAGUUGUAUAAGACGCACGCAAUGUAGGGUACCUGUGAAAUAUGUGUUUUAAGUUUUUCGUAACGCUUAGAUAGUAACCUUCUGUUGAAUAAAAGCAGAUCACAAUUGCAAAUGUAGACACUUUAGCCUUAGCGCUCUGACGAUAACAUUGACUGCUACAAUGAUAAACUUUCUUUAGCAACGCUUGUGAAGACCAUCGCCUAUCGUAUCAAACGAGACUUGUCACUACGGGCCUUUUACAUCAUACCCCAAAGUAUCAUACUACAAGCAUGUUCAAUAAAUUUUGCAAGCACCUCGUCCUGGUUCCAGCAUCUUGUUCAAGAGCAUACCUCCACACCCUUAACUGCCUUUCCUGCCCCGCCCUCUUGCAAAUAAUACACUCUUUUCUCGUGUCGAUGUAUGCAAAAUCGAUAGCUUCAUAAUUGGUGAACCAUUUAUUCAAUAGUGACAAGGGUUUUUUCCUGAAAGCGCGAUAGUCGUUGUGUUGAGAAUAUUCUCAUUUUGCUGAAUCGUAGUUCAUCAGUAGUUUGUAAAGAUUUCGUUUGCGGAUUCUAACAAAGUCCCAAAAACUCUUGUACGAUGCAGAGAUGAAAUUUUCAUGGAAUAUUCCAAUAAUUUGUAAGGGUUCCAUGCUAGACAUCAUUUUAUAAGGGAACGGGAAGGUUCUUCACAAAGGGAAAUGUGGGAGCCUGUAGAAAGAAGGGAACUAGCUUCAGAUCAUGGGACUUUUGAUGGCCUAAUUACAGAAGCUCAUCUUAUUCCUUUUGCAAAAUAUCAAACAUGGUAUUAGAAAUAACGAAAAAGAAUACUUAUAAAUAGGAUAGGUAACUAAAAGCCGGAAUCGAUUAAUUCUCUUCAGGUUUCAAGUUCUUUAUCUAGUACGUUUUUGCUUUUAAAUGUCCCUAAACAAAUUAAUAUUUCUUUUGCAUUUCAAUUGGAUUUUCGAUUCACCACUGAAAUCAGCAUUUGGUAUUUUGAAACGGGUUGCUAUCCAAGCAUACAGUUUGUGUUUGAUGUUGAAUUAAUGCAUACUUGCUGUUAUGCACAAUAACGCAUGCGCUAAAAUACUCACCACCAGAACUUUUAAAUAAUAAUAUUUAGAACUGUAGGUCUAAAAUCAUUGGUAAAUGGUUGAAAUAGAAUAUAAUUAUUGAUGCUUAAUUUUUCAAUAAAGCCGACAAAUGUAAAUAAUUGGGCAUACAGAAAAUCGUGUGUUUUUUAUUCUCCAUCGUCUGAUCCAAAAAUGUGUGUUGUCAGCUAGCAUUUGAGUGUUUAUUCAUAACUGUUAAAUCAUAA